CCUUGGUUUGUAGAGGGCGAAGUGAGACUUCUAGAGGCGGCUAUUGGCAUAUCCUUAAUAGAUUAAAUGAAUUCUGAAGUUGGACUUACAAGAAGAGAGGAGCUUCGCAAGAAAUCCACAGUGGAGAAAUCAUAGGUAAUGAAAGGAAAAACCAGAAGCCCAAGGUGCCUUCAUGGCUGAAGCAAGUGAACAAGCGUUAAGGUUUGCAGAGAAUUUGUCUCUUCCUUCGGUGCAAGUAGUUGUGGUGAGUGCCAAUAUGGGCUGCAGCCACUGCCAGGAAAGGGUCUCAAGGAUUGUCUCCAAGAUGAAUGGAUUGCUGGAUUACAUGGUGGACAUGCGCAAGAAAGAAGUCACAGUUAGGGGAAUUGUGAGCAGUAAAAAGAGAAAGAGAUCUCAUCAAGGAAUCUGUCGUCACAUCAAUAAGAAGAAAUCUCCAGGCUCCUUGGGCUUAUUUAAAAUGAUGUGCUUCUGUGCCUUCUAAGAUCUCCAGGUCUCGUUUGCUUCAGAAGUGAUUACCUUGCAUUAAAAGAAGAUUCGUGCAACAAUAGCCACACUGUGUUGGAAACUUGUAUGUUUUUUCAUUUUAUUUGCAAAGGGUGAAAGGUAAACACAUAUUAUUUUUUGCUGUAAAGACACAGAAUUAUCAUUUUCUACUGCGAAGAUAUCAUCUCAUGGUAGCUUCUCUUCCUCAA